CAGAGCUGGCCAGCAUUCAACCAGCGCUCCCCAGCUAAAGCACCCAAAAAGGCAGCCCCCGAGCCCCUGCUCCAGCCCGGGUGGUUUGCAGAGUGAAGCUUACUUGAUUUAAGGUAGACUCGGAAGGAGCCAGGAGGCCCAGAAGGGACUGCCCUUGGGUCAGACAGGUGGAGAAUGAACGGAGAAGCGGAGUGCCCUACGGACUUGGAAAUGACAGCUCCCAAAAAUCAAGACCGUUGGUCCCAGGAGGACAUGCUGACUCUGCUAGAGUGCAUGAAAAACAACCUGCCCUCCAACGAUGGCAGCAAAUUCAAAACCACUGAGUCCCAUCUGGACUGGGACAAAGUGGCCUUCAAGGAUUUCUCUGGUGACAUGUGCAAGAUGAAAUGGAUGGAGAUCUCCAAUGAGGUGAGAAAAUUCCGAACCCUGACAGAGCUGAUCUUGGAUGCUGAAGAACACGUAAAGAAUCCCUACAAGGGCAAAAAGCUCAAGAAACACCCAGAUUUCCCCAAGAAGCCCCUGACUCCUUACUUCCGCUUCUUCAUGGAGAAGCGAGCCAAAUACGCAAAGCUACACCCAGAAAUGAGCAACCUGGAUCUGACCAAGAUACUCUCCAAGAAGUACAAGGAGCUCCCUGAAAAGAAAAAGAUGAAAUACAUCCAGGACUUCCAGCGGGAGAAACAAGAGUUUGAGCGGAACCUGGCAAGAUUCAGGGAAGACCACCCCGAUCUCAUUCAGAACGCCAAGAAGUCUGACAUCCCUGAGAAGCCCAAGACUCCCCAGCAACUCUGGUACAACCAUGAGAAGAAAAUCUACUUGAAAGUGCGCCCAGAUGCCACCACGAAGGAGGUGAAAGAGUCGCUGGGCAAGCAGUGGUCUCAACUCUCGGACAAAAAGAGGCUGAAAUGGAUUCAUAAGGCCCUGGAACAGCGGAAGGAGUACGAGGAGAUCAUGCGGGAUUACAUUCAGAAGCAUCCCGAACUGAAUAUCAGUGAGGAGGGCAUCACACGCUCCACCCUCACCAAGGCAGAACGCCAGCUGAAGGACAAGUUUGAUGGGCGACCCACCAAGCCACCUCCGAACAGCUAUUCCCUGUACUGUGCGGAGCUGAUGGCCAACAUGAAGGAUGUCCCCAGUACAGAGCGGAUGGUGCUGUGCAGCCAGCAGUGGAAGCUGCUCUCCCAGAAGGAGAAGGAUGCAUACCACAAAAAAUGUGACCAGAAAAAGAAAGAUUAUGAAAUAGAGCUCCUUCGCUUUCUGGAGAGCCUCCCAGAGGAGGAACAGCGGAGGGUGCUGGGCGAAGAGAAGAUGCUGGGAGGGAACAAGAAAGGAGCCACCAGCCCUGCCUCCAAGAAGUCCUCGCCAGAUGCUGGCAAGGCAGGUUCUGAGAAACCCAAACGACCCAUUUCUGCCAUGUUUAUCUUCUCGGAGGAGAAGCGAAAGCAGCUGCAGGAAGAGCGACCCGAGCUGUCUGAGAGCGAGCUGACCCGGCUGCUGGCACGGAUGUGGAAUGAUCUUUCUGAGAAGAAGAAGGCCAAGUACAAGGCCCGGGAGGCAGCCAUGAAGGCGCAGUCCGAGAAGAAGCAUGGUUCGGACAAAGAAGAGCGUGGCAAGUUGCCCGAAUCACCCAAGACAGCCGAGGAGAUCUGGCAGCAGAGCGUCAUUGGGGACUACCUGGCUCGCUUUAAGAAUGACCGGGGGAAGGCACUGAAAGCCAUGGAGGCCACUUGGAACAACAUGGAGAAGAAAGAAAAGCUCAUGUGGAUAAAAAAGGCGGCAGAGGACCAGAAGCGAUAUGAGAGAGAACUGAGUGAGAUGAGGGCCCCUCCGUGCACUGCAAACUCUUCCAAGAAAGUGAAAUUCCAAGGAGAGCCGAAGAAACCCCCUAUGAAUGGCUACCAGAAGUUCUCCCAGGAACUGCUGUCCAACGGGGAGCUCAACCACCUGCCACUGAAAGAGCGGAUGGUGGAGAUAGGCAGCCGCUGGCAACGCAUCUCCCAGAGCCAGAAGGACCAUUAUAAGAAGUUGGCUGAGGAGCAGCAGAAGCAGUACAAGGUGCACCUGGACAUCUGGCUCAAGAGCCUGUCACCUCAAGAGCGUGCAGCCUACAAAGAGCACACCUCAAAUAAGCGCAAGAGCAUGGGGAAGGUGAGAGGGCCAAACCCGAAGAUGAAGCCCACAAUGCAGUCCAAGUCGGAAUCUGAGGAGGAUGAGGACGAUGAUGAUGACGAGGAAGAAGAUGAUGAUGAUGAUGAGAAUGGGGACUCGUCUGAGGAAGGUGGGGACUCAUCAGAGUCCAGCAGUGAGGAGGAGAGUGAGGAUGGGGAUGAGAAUGAAGAUGACGAUGAGGAGGAUGAUGAUGACGACGACGAUGACAACGACUCCGAGGGCAGCAGCUCCUCCUCCUCCUCUUCAGGCGACUCCUCCGACUCGGACUCCAACUGAAACGCCCACCCGCCACCUUCUUGCCAUACUCUUAGUAAUAUUCUUCCCCCUCUUUGGAACAGUAACAUCCUGACCGGAGUCCUGGGUUGCUGGUUGCAAAGCGGGGCAGAGGGGAAUCACUGUGGCUAAUUUCCCUCCCCCUCCACCUCCCCACCCCGCAGUGAAUUUCAAGCUAAGAGGAAGCAGCUGGCAAAAACAAUGGAGGCUUUUUGAGCAGUGUUGCGGGUGGGGUGGGGUGGGGUGGGGGGGUUAUUCUGUGUUGUGUUUUUCUCCAUAGAGUUUGUGCUCAAUCCUGUUUUGGGGGGAGGGAAGAGAGGGGGAUGAUUUUUGUUUUUUUCAUACUGCCUUCCCUUGUCCUGCCUCCUGCUGCCUCUCUCCCCUUCCAACUUCCAGCUACCAGCUCCGGACUUUAUACAAAACAAAAUCCUUUUUAAAAACAAACAACGACAGAUACGUCCUGGCAAGAGGCGCGGAGCGUUGUUCUGGACUGCAAGCCACCGCAGCUCAGGACUUGGCUGCGGGGACGAUCUCCCUCUGCCUCUCUGAUGCGAGGAGGGGACAAUCUUGUACAGUCUUGAAGCUGCACCCGGAGCUCCUGGAGAGCAAAGUCCCACUGCACUUACGAGCUCCCGUAAUGAACUUCACACACAGCAUUUCCCUCUGGGGACAGGGGGAGAAAUUUUGUGUGCGUGCGUGUGGGUGAGUGUGUAUGUGUGUGUGUGUGUGUGUGUAUGUGUGCAUGUGUGUUGGAGGGGCGGGGGGUGCAAAGGGAGUUCAAAGAAGAUGUUGCCCAGUAUAUUUUUGGGAGGGGGGGCGUAGGGAGGGGCUGACAUUUGUGGGGAGGGGGUCACCAAGGCUGCAAAAUGGCAGCUAGAGCCUUUGAUUAGGGGCUGAUAGUGGCAUCAGCUGCCCAAAUGGCACUCAGCCCAUCUUGCCAGAGCAGCCUUUGAACAGAGCUGGUGGCAGGUGGGUCCCAUAUCUUACUUUUUGUUUUCUUUUUAUAAUGAAGUGACCAAUUAUUGUACCAAGAUGGGGCAUUUGUUGAUGGUGUUUCCGGGAGGGUUUGGGCGAGGGGCUCUGCCACAAGGAGAGAUUGUCUGUGUCGUCGGUGGUUGUUGUGUUGUUGUUUGUUUGGUUUUUUUUGUUCUGGUUCUUUUUUUUUUUUUUUUUCCUUUUAUAAAACAAGGAAGAUCCAUCUUUUUUUUUAUAACCAAACUCUCAGUCUUUGGCUAGCUGGAUGGCUCUGCACCCCCUUGCCCCCUGCAGUGCGCUGGCCUCAGUGCCCGCCAUGCAAAGAACUGGGGAUUGAGAGGGGGCAAGCCCCAGCUGUACCACAACAGGGUCUCUGGAGUGGGAUUGUGGUGCAGACCCACCUCCAUUUCCACAGUCAAGCAGGUAGCGAGGGAGGCGCUGACCUGUGUUCCCCCAAUGAUCGUUGUUUAAAUUAAUUUGAAGGAAUGAUGGAAAAGUAGCUUCAGGCUCCAGCGGCUGAGAUCUGAACUCACAGGCAGGCCACUCCUCUGGGAGAGGAGCUGCCGAUUUAUAUAUUGGUGUAUCACGGGCUAUGUGUUACUAUAUAGAUAUGGACGGCUGUCUUUGUUUUCAGUUGAGAGCCAUAACUAGCAUCUCAUCCCUCUCCUUUUCCGGUUAGGGCUGCUAGCCAGCACGGAGAGGGCUCCAUGAGUGCUCUAGGUGGGCCUGCCAGAGAACAGGCCCAUGGAGCCUCCUGCUUCAUGCUCCGACCCAUCGGCUGUUACAUGUAUGAGGGUGAGGUCCACCCCAUGUAGAGCUUUGGCAUGAGCCCCUGGCUCCCCCAUCAGCAGGUCCUGGGUCUGGCACUUUCCCUGAUGCCAGACUGGGGCUUUUCUUCCAGGGGCAGGAAGAGGGAGGUUCCUGGGUGCAAAUAACAGGAGGUGUCUAUUUGCACCCUCUAUGGGAGUGGGGAGUCAGUUGGGCAGUAGGGCCAUGUUGUUUGUGCUUCCACACACUUUCCCUGGGCUUCUGGGGUGUCUUACUUCUGCUGGAUGUUUGUCUUGGCCAGCAGGAGCCACGUGGUGAUGCCAGCAGAGUGUAUCCUGGGACUUGCGUGUUUCUUUCCCCUUCUGCAUUCACAGCACCAGCAAUUUCAUCUGUCACCUGGCUGUAUUCUGCUCCCCUCCCGCCCUUCCCAUGACUUGGUCCCCUGCACCCUUGAAGCUGGGCAGAAGAACAAAUGUGGGUCCCUGUUGUGUCCCUUCUUGCCCCCCAGCAAACCAGCUAUUUCGUUGCUACUUUCUCUCCCCCUGGCUGGGGAGGCUAGGAGGGGGGGCAGUGACAGUAUUUAGCAGGAACAGAACAGAACCAAACAGCUAGUGGUUAGCUUGUUACUGGAGUCUUUCUGCUUCCCCUCCCUGAGCUGCCACCCCUGCUGCCCCUCAGGGACAUGAGGGACAUGGCUCCUCCCUUCCCCUAGGGCAGACUUAUUGCCAUGCCUGGUCUGUAGCAAGAGGGCAGAGAAGAGGAACAGUGUUUGGAUGGUAACUGUUCUUUAGAGGGCUCAGCUUGCGGCGUGGGUGUCUUGUGCUGGACCUAGUGAAGUCCCAGCAGGGGAUUAUGACAUUUGGGUGGGCUGUGCUGCUGCAUUUUUGUUUGUUCCUAUAUGAAAAAUAUGUCUGCCUUCUGAUGGAUGAAGUCCCUGGCUUGGGGGUCUGGCCAGGCAGGGGGUCAGUCUAAACGGUGGGUUGGGAAGAGUUUUGAGGGCACCAGUGGGAGCAGACAGGAGGGCUGGCUGCAUUUGGCAGGGCUCAGGCCUAAGAAGGGGGGAAGUCUCACAGCAGAUGGAGGGGUUAGCUGCUGGCCCGGGGGCCCCCAACUCUGUCUCACUCCCCUCCCCCUUCUGUCCACUGCAGCCCCCCACUUCUCUCAGAUGAAGCUGGGGGGUCCUGCUGGGCUUAAAUUUCAGCCUGGUGGCCUUUCCACACACAACAUGCAGAGGUGCCUGGGUCUUCUCAGCAGCUUUUGCUUUCUGGGGUUUAGAGGGGUCAGGAGAGCCUAGUGGGGAGAGAUUUCAUGUUCCUAAUCCUUACCUGAGCAGUGGCAGUGGUGGUAGGGAGGGGGGAAAGUGCCCAGUGCCAGUAAAUCACCUGGGUCACAGCAUAGAGAGGGGGAGGGGGUCACCAUACAAAGGACCCCUUUCUGCUGGGAAUUCGAAACAAACUCACGCUCCUCUUGGACUGGAGUUUGCUGGAUGCAGCUCUGCUGUGAUCUUGUCUGGGCCAGGAUGUGAGCUGUUCAGGCCCGAGCUCCUAAAAGCCGGCACUUUCCUCCCUUUCACAAUAUGAGGGUUGGAUUGCAUGGCAUUGUUCUCUCCCCGGGGCCCCUCUUGCAGGACCCAAUUCAGGAAAGUGCAUGCUUUUUGUCAACCAGGCUGAAGCAAGGGCUCUGAAGUGCUGUCCUGCAUUCAGCCCUUAGGACUGUCAAGAUAGAAAUACCCCUGCUUUCUUGGCUGUUGGCCUAGUUCCUAGGACCUAUUGAAUGGGGGAAGUGGGACACAUGAGGGGCUGCAGUGAGCAUGUCAUUCAGCCCGCUCCUGGGGUGCUUGGACCCUGCUCCAUUCAAGAGAAACAGACAAUCCUUGUAGAUUUAGCCAAGGGACUCCAGUGGUGAGGGAAAACAUAGGGUCCUGUCCACCCACCCCUCCUCUCACUCUGUGUGUGUGUGUGUGUGUGUGUGUGUGUGUGUGUGUGUGUGUGUGUGUGUGUGUGUGUGUGUGUGUGUGUGUUAAUGUGACGUGCCCAUGAUGUCUGAUCACCCCGCCUGCUGUUUUGUGCCCGUCUGUCUGUCCUUGUCCUGAUGUCCCCACCCCACCUCAACUCAACUCAGUCCUUUUUGUUUUGUUUUUCUUUUUUUUUUUCCCCCCCAGCGGGGAAACUGAUUUCAUUUUGCUGAAUGUGCCCAGCGCUAUUGUAUUUUAGUGGAUGUGUUUUUAGUACAAAAAAUUACAAAAAAAAAAAAUAAUUUUUUCUGUUUUAAAAAAAAAAAAUUCUUACAGUACUGACAUUUUUUUUUAAAGUUACAGGGGGGAAAAAUAGUUUGUACUGUAAGAGAAUUGAAGCUAAGUGCAUUUUUGCACUGCCACAAAAAACAAUGAGACUUUAGAUGGAAGUUCUUGUGAAUUACAAAAAAAAACCACAAAUCCUUUUUUUUUUUUUUUUUCUAAUAUUUAAAGAGUGUUUUUGUAGGUUUAAAAAAAUAAUUAAAAAAACAAACAAAAAAACCCAACUUCAAUUUGUAUUGCUCAGUGGGACUUAGAAAUCAAGUCUGGACAGACUUAAAACUGUGGAGGUUUUUUUUUUGUUUUGUUUUGUUUUGGGUUUUUUGUAUAAUAAAGUGAAAAAUAAUGUUUCUGUUCUCAUGUCAUUACUAUAAAAAAAUAAAACUUUAGGAAAAAACGUG